AUGUUCCCACACAACAAUGUUCGACUCCCUUACCUUAAUUCCCACAACUAUUCCUCCGAUCUCCCACCUUCACAAAAUACAAUCCCUCCGCCGGCAUUCGGCGGCGGCGGCGGUGGCGGCGGAGGCGGGUCUCCAAGUUUUAUCGAAACGAGGAUCAUCGGCAUCCACUCUCGCGACAAAAACUCGGGAGUCUAUUUCCCGAUUAGCAAAUCAUCAUCACCGCCGGAUUACAUUGAUCCUAUAACGACUCCCACGAGAAAUUCUCAGGUGACGAACUUGGCGCAACAAAAUCACCGUGCAAAUAGAGCCGUCGUGAAUGAGAGUAGUGUGUUAGAGUGCUUGAGCAAAGCUAGCCCGUACGGUCCGGAGGAAAAAAAAGAAAGGAUCGAGCGAUAUAGAACCAAGAGAAAUCUACGGAACUUCAACAAGAAAAUCGAGUACGAGUGCAGAAAAACUCUGGCGAAUAGUCGACUACGCGUGAAGGGAAGAUUCAAAAGGAACGAGGAAAUAGAGAAGGUUCCACAGAGCGAUUGGGAUAACUACUUAGUCGUGGAGGAUGAUAGCGAUUGGAUCGCCUUUCUUGAUCCUUUUCCAAAUGAAAUCAUGCCAUGAUAUACCUUAAUCGCGAUUGAAUUCCUAGGAUUUGUACAUGUUUGGGAGCUCUUGUUUGAUUAUUGUACUGUGUUACUAAAAUAUUCGAGCAACGAGGUUUUUUAAGACACUACAUUGUAAGAAUGUGCACAUGUUCAAUAAAAA